AUGGCGGGGAUUACACAGCCGAGACCCGGAGAGCAUGUAAACGCAAAUGGAGUUUGGGAUUUAUUACAAAAUAUGGGAAAGAUGACCGUCUUCUCGUUGUGCUUGCUCUUGUGCGCGGAUCUACUGGAUUUAGCCGUGGGAUAUUUGACAGUAACCAUAGAGCCCCUGCCUCCGGUUGUCGUGGGUGAGACUGUAACUCUCAAGUGUAACUUCAAAACUGACGGGAGGCUUCGAGAGAUUGUUUGGUACAGGGUCACAGAUGGAGGAACCAUCAAGCAGAAAAUCUUCACCUACGAUGCUAUGUUUAAUACCAAUUACUCUCACAUGGAGGACUACCGCAGGCGUGAGGACCUGGUGUACCAAUCAACCGUCCGGCUCCCAGAGGUACGGAUCUCAGACAACGGGCCUUACGAAUGCCAUGUUGGCAUCUACGACCGGGCAACGAGGGAGAAGGUUGUCCUUGCUUCAGGGAAUGUUUUUCUUACUGUUAUGUCACCUCCAAACAACAUAUCGGUGGUGGCAGAGAACACUCCAGCUCCAUUCAGUCGAUACCAGGCCCAGAAUUUCACUCUCGUCUGCACUGCAAAAGGAGGGAAACCAGCCCCAUCGGUGUACUUUAAGCGUGAUGGUGAGCUGAUCGAGGUCAUCUCCUACACUCAGACCUCUACCCCUGAGCAGGGAGGGGGUUCAGCCGGGGUGAGAGGAGCCAGGCCGCUCAUCAGCAGGGACCUGGACGACACUAAACUGCAGCGCUCCCUCUCCCUCCUGGACCCUGAGGGGCGGUCGGCUCGUCUGAACACAGAGAGCCCAAAGCGAGAGAGCCCACAGCGCAUCCACACUCAGGGCCAGCAGGCCCACGAACCCAGUCCGGCAACGGAGGUCAUCCCAGAGACUGUGGUGAGCCGAGAGUUCCCCCGCUGGGUGCGCAACACGGACCCACUCUACUACUUUAGCCACACUAACAUCCCUCAGAGCGACGGCUCUGUGGUGGUGCAGGCCCGACUCACUUGGACCCUCAACCCUCAGCUGGAUAAUGACGCCCUGUUCAGCUGUGAAGUCAAGCACCCAGCACUGUCCAUGCCCAUGCAGACAGAGGUCACCCUGUCUGCUCCAAAGGGUCCUAAACUCUUAAUGACCCCCACAAGGGCGAAGGUGGGGGACACAGUGCGCAUCACUGUGCAAGGAUUCCAGGUAGGAUCGUCUGGGAAUGAGGUGUUCCCCGAGCCCCUCUUCACCUGGACGCGGGUAGGGGGCCGCCUUCUGGACGGCAGCGCCGAGCGAGAGGGGAAGGAGCUGAUUCUGGAGCGGGUGCCAGCUGAGCUCAACGGCUCCAUGUACCGCUGCACGGCCCAAAAUCCUCUGGGCUCGACUGAUACACACACUCGCCUCAUAGUCUUUGAGAAUCCAAGCAUGAUGAAAAACACACAGAAUCCAAACAAUGGAGCCUCUCGCAUUGACAUGCUCGGACUUACUUCGAUGGCACUUGUCCUCACAGUGACAGUGGAACUGACGUGAAACCCCUCAUCCGAGACACUCACACACACACACACACACACACACACACACACACACACACACACACACACACACACACACACACACACACACACACACACACACACACACACACACACAUAUACUUGCCCUUCUUACACAACAUCCGCACACACAAAUCCUGCAAGCCUUCUCCGGUCACCAACGGGCCCUCCAUGCGUCAGUCGAUGAGGAAACAUUUCCACCACAGGAUGGCGCUCCACUGUUUUUUUUUUGUAACAAAAUAAUAACCGAGAUAAUGACAAAAAAAAAAAAAAAGAAAGACCGACAUAAU